AUGUCGGAUACCGAAACCAAUCUCCUUGAAAACACCCUUGUGGGGUUAGCUGGCAUCGAACAGGAAGUCGACCAGGCCGAAAGAGAUGCAGACAUUUUCAGAAUCAAAAAGACCCAUCCGAUCUACAUCAAGCGCAGACAGCUUUUGCUUGACGUGCCAAAGUUCUGGUACAUUGUGAUUGCCCAGAACGAGGAUUUCAUCGACUAUAUUGGCCCGGAGGACUUGAAGUUCUUGGAGUUUGUCAAGGACAUCUACGUUGAAUACGACGUUGCCACCAAUGACGAAGCCACCAACCCACGUGACUUCAGUAUCACCUUUCAGUUUGAAGCGCCACACGGUGAAAUUGCCGCCCAGUCCGUCACCAAGAAAUUCAAGACUGUAAUGGACGAAGACAACCACGAGGAGAGGUUAAUCUCCACCGUGGCCAGCGUCGAGUGGCCCGUGGAGUUGGCCAGCAUCACCCCGCACUUGAUUGCAGACAAGACCUCUGCUGAAGGUAAGAAGAAAUAUCGUUUGGGCAUGAGAUCCUUUUUUGCAUGGUUCAAGUGGACCGGGUUGAAGCCAGGCAAGGAGUUUAGAAAUGGGGAGGAGUUGACCAGAUUGAUUGUUGAGGAGUUAUUCCCAUACGCGGUCAAGUACUACACCGAGGCCGUUCCAGGUUUGAAUGAAGACUCCGAAGACGAGUCCAGCGAGGAGUUGGACUUGAGCGGGGAGGAAGAAGAGGAAGAAAAUGCCACCAAGAAGCGUAAGUUAUAG